CCGUUAGCUGUCAGGAACCGGCGGGCGGGCAGCGGGACCCCGCGUCUGCGCCAGGAUCAGCCGUCUGAUCCCAGCGCAGCAACAUCGGUGAGGGCGGUGCGCCUCGGCUCCAGGCCAGGUCGCAGAGGCAAGCAAGGACCAGUGGGCAACUGGGUGCGCAAGCAAGAUGGGGAACCGGGAGAUGGAGGAGCUGAUCCCGCUGGUGAACCGACUGCAGGACGCCUUCUCGGCGCUGGGACAGAGCUGCCUGCUGGAGCUGCCGCAGAUCGCCGUGGUGGGCGGCCAGAGCGCAGGCAAGAGCUCGGUGCUCGAGAACUUCGUGGGCAGGGACUUCCUUCCUCGAGGCUCAGGCAUCGUUACGAGACGACCUCUGGUCCUGCAGCUGGUCACUUCUAAAGCAGAAUAUGCUGAAUUCCUACAUUGCAAAGGAAAAAAAUUUAUAGAUUUCGAUGAAGUUCGCCAUGAAAUUGAAGCAGAAACAGAUCGAGUGACUGGAAUGAAUAAAGGCAUUUCCCCUAUACCCAUUAAUUUACGAGUCUAUUCUCCACAUGUGUUGAACCUGACCCUCAUCGACCUACCUGGAAUAACGAAGGUGCCUGUGGGAGACCAGCCCCCAGACAUCGAGCAUCAGAUCCGAGAGAUGAUCAUGCAGUUCAUCACCAGGGAGAACUGCCUGGUUCUGGCGGUCACUCCAGCCAAUACUGACCUGGCCAACUCAGACGCACUGAAGCUAGCCAAAGAAGUUGAUCCUCAAGGCCUGAGAACCAUUGGAGUCAUCACCAAACUGGAUCUUAUGGAUGAAGGAACAGAUGCCCGGGAUGUUCUGGAGAACAAGCUGCUGCCUCUUCGCAGGGGUUACGUGGGGGUGGUCAACAGAAGCCAGAAGGACAUAGACGGGAAGAAGGACAUUAAAGCAGCCAUGUUGGCAGAAAGGAAAUUUUUUCUUUCACAUCCGGCUUACAGACAUAUUGCUGAUCGUAUGGGGACCCCACACCUUCAGAAGGUCCUGAAUCAGCAACUUACGAACCACAUUCGAGAUACCCUGCCAAACUUCAGGAACAAGCUGCAGGGGCAGCUGCUGUCCAUCGAGCAUGAAGUGGAAGCCUACAGGAACUUCAAGCCCGAAGACCCCACCCGGAAGACCAAGGCCCUGCUGCAGAUGGUUCAGCAGUUCGCCGUGGACUUUGAGAAGAGAAUCGAAGGGUCGGGGGACCAAGUGGACACCCUGGAGCUCUCCGGUGGCGCUAAGAUCAACCGCAUUUUCCACGAGCGCUUCCCUUUUGAGAUCGUGAAGAUGGAGUUCAAUGAGAAGGAACUGCGAAGGGAAAUCAGCUAUGCAAUCAAAAACAUACACGGGAUCAGGACAGGGCUGUUUACUCCAGACAUGGCAUUUGAGGCGAUUGUCAAGAAGCAGAUCGUGAAGCUGAAAGGGCCCUCGUUGAAGAGCGUAGACCUGGUGAUGCAGGAGUUGAUCAACACUGUCAAGAAGUGCACCAAGAAACUGGCGAACUUCCCCAGACUUUGUGAGGAAACAGAGAGGAUCGUUGCUAACCACAUCCGCGAGCGAGAAGGGAAGACGAAAGACCAGGUACUGCUAUUAAUUGACAUCCAAGUCUCCUACAUCAACACCAACCAUGAAGACUUCAUUGGCUUCGCAAAUGCUCAGCAGAGGAGCAGUCAGGUCCACAAGAAAACCACAAUUGGGAAUCAGGGAACCAAUCUUCCGCCUUCAAGGCAAAUUGUGAUCCGGAAGGGCUGGCUCACCAUCAGCAACAUCGGCAUCAUGAAAGGAGGUUCCAAGGGCUACUGGUUCGUGCUUACUGCAGAGAGCCUGUCAUGGUACAAAGAUGACGAGGAAAAAGAGAAGAAGUACAUGCUUCCCUUGGACAACCUGAAAGUUCGGGAUGUGGAAAAGAGCUUCAUGUCUAGCAAGCACAUCUUUGCCCUCUUUAAUACAGAGCAAAGGAAUGUGUACAAAGACUAUCGUUUCCUUGAGCUGGCAUGUGACUCUCAGGAAGACGUGGACAGCUGGAAGGCUUCUCUCCUAAGAGCCGGGGUGUAUCCUGAUAAGUCCUUAGGGAACAACAAAACCGAAAAUGAUGAGAAUGGCCAAGCAGAGAACUUUUCCAUGGACCCACAACUGGAGAGGCAAGUGGAGACCAUUCGCAACCUCGUAGACUCCUACAUGUCCAUUAUCAACAAGUGCAUCCGAGAUCUAAUUCCAAAGACGAUAAUGCACCUUAUGAUCAAUAAUGUGAAGGACUUCAUAAACUCCGAGCUCCUCGCACAGCUGUACUCUUCAGAGGACCAGAACACCCUAAUGGAGGAAUCCGCCGAGCAGGCUCAGCGCCGAGACGAGAUGCUUCGAAUGUACCAAGCCCUGAAAGAAGCUCUUGUGAUCAUCGGCGACAUCAACACAGCCACAGUGUCCACGCCGGCCCCUCCGCCCGUGGAUGACUCCUGGAUACAGCACUCUCGCAGGUCGCCUCCGCCAAGCCCCACAACGCAGAGGAGGCCGACUCUCAGCACACCCCUCGCGAGGCCCACGUCUGGCCGAGGCCCGGCUCCCGCCAUUCCCUCUCCAGGCCCCCACUCGGGGGCCCCUCCUGUCCCCUUCCGUCCAGGCCCCCUACCUCCUUUCCCCAGCAGCAGCGACGCAUUUGGAGCCCCUCCGCAAGUCCCGUCGCGGCCCACGAGGGCCCCGCCCAGUGUCCCAAGCCGGAGACCACCCCCAUCGCCAACUCGCCCCACUAUAAUCCGUCCAUUAGAAUCCUCCCUGUUAGACUAAAUGAAGUGUCUGGCAUGGCAAUUAGUCACUAACGAUCACGCGAAAGCAACAUACUUGAUAGCUGCUGCAGCAAACCACGAGUAGUCGCAUGUGGACAUCAGUAGGCAAGUCACCAGUUUUACUAAUGCGCUCGUCACUCACCCUCGUUGCUCAAGGUACGGCAAACCUCUAGGGUUUGACCCUCCGCAACUGCUGCCUGGAGAGGCUUUGUCACACUGACCAAGGUAGGUUUGUGUGGCAGUCCCCUACUUUGGGUACCAUUUGCCUAGCCUGACAUCCAUUUGAAAUGGCUUCCGACAAGUUUUGCAGGCGAUCUACCAGGUGGCACAUGAAGUAUGAUUCCUAACGGAAAUGAGAUAGUGCGCUUGAACUAAGCCAUACAUACUUCUUUUCCCACGCCCCAUGUAGGAUGGCAGAAAUCUUCUUGUAUAUUAUUACUGCUAUCACCUACCCAAUAGUCAGCUCCUCUUCCUUUAUUUAUUUCAUAAGACUGCAGGAUUCCUUAAGAAGAAAGCUUUUCCAGAAGCACAAAGUACCUUGCAAAGGAAAGUCUGCACUGUUUGUUCUAGAGAGCUUCACCUGGUGCCCACGCGUUCUGCUUCGCACUUGAAUCAUGUGCAACAGCGAAUCAAACCUGUUUGGGGAUUAUCAGUUAGUAGAUUUGACUAGUUUCAGAAUUCAUGGAAGAAGCAAAAAACCACAUCUCGAAAGAUGUCUCAAAAAUAUAAUUUCUUUGUUCACAUCAUUCACCGUCUCCUGGUAGGUUACAAUGAACACUGACAUGGCAAAUGUUCGAUUUUUCCAGAGGAUCUAAUUUUGGGUAUAGCUAACUAUACUUUUACAUGAACUCCAGUGUAUUAUUGUUACUCUGGUUGGAGCAAAAAAUUUCUCUCCAUGCUAAUUUGCAAUUCCCUUAUAUUAUUUACAUAUUAAUAAUCUGGUAAGAAUACCUUUAAACCGGGUUUAGGGCCCUGUUCACUCUAAGCUUUCUUAACAAACCCCGAGGGCUUCUGUGAGAUAGGCACAUUGGCAGAUGGGUACCUGGGAUGGAAAGAAAAGUUGGCGAGUGAGGCCAAGGCGUGAGGCAGAGCUCACCCUUCUACAGGUGUACUCCAGGGUCCCUGUCCAAACCAUUCCAGAAAACGGAACCAAAACAUCCAGAUCCAAAGCAAAUUUGCAAUUUCUAAAAUUGACAAGAGCAGCGUAGCCGGGAGGUUAAUAGUUCAGUCUUGAGGCUCAGUUUUGAACUACCUACAACCAGAUGAUUAACAUGUAGGAAUCAGCCAAAAGCCAACUGGAAUUUUGUCUGCUAACUGUUCCCGGACAGCAGAGCAAGUAUUCACUGACUUGUGGCGUCCCGUGACAUUAUUUCAUAUUCUACGGAAGUAAAUCAGGUUGUACUAACUGAAAUGUCUCCCUUUGAAAGCAGCAGACAUGAUUUGUAUGUUAACUUAACUUUAAUUUCCUGUGUAGUUUAUACCCAAAGCAGAUACCCAUAAAGUAUGAAGUUAAGACUUUUAACCAUUAUUAAAAAGAGGACUUGCCAAGUUGAAUGGCAUUAUAUUGAAUGUAUCCUUAAGGGUUAUAGCUAGUCUACUUAUAAUUGGCAAAAGUUAAAGAAUGCAAGGUUUACAAAGAGGACAUUUCAACUUUUAAGAUUACAAGUGAUUGUAGAAAAAACAUUACCACCCUUCAUCCUCUCGUAUCUUAUUUUUUCUGCGAAUGGAACCAAUGUGCAAGAUACAUGUAGUAUUUUUAAAAUAGUGUCCCAGAUAAGUGGGAAAAUGUUAAGUAAAUAGACAUGGUAAAAUAAUCUGCAGUGAGAUCUUUUCAUAAAACUCCCUCUUUUUAGGAUUCCCUUUGCUUCUUCCUUUGAAUUCUCUAAAACAGGCAGCUAACGAAUCAUACACUUCAGGGUUUGGCUUUGUGCUAAAUGUGGUUUUGCAUUUUGCCGUAUUUCAAAAAUUUCCUUCUGUUAGAGGAAAAUAUUGUGGGCAACCACUGGUGUGUUCUCAGAUCAGCACAAACCAUGUCAAAGAAAGUUGGGGAUUUUUUUUCCAAAUCUCCUUCCACUGAUCUUAGACAGUCAUAAACAAUGGUGUUUGCUUUAGAUUGUAGUCCCACGUAUGCGCUGUCCCAGUUGUCUCCCUUUGUGGGCGCAUUCGUAUUCUUUUUCCGUCCUACGUUAUGUCUAAUAGAAUCCAGUCCCCGUGGAAUUGCAGCAGUCACAUUGAAAAAUAUGCUCAGUUUGCUGCAUCGGCUGGGAGAUGCCACUGAGAAGGACUCUGCCACAUUCGUGGUCCUGGGUGCAGCACGUGCAUCAGGCCCUGGGUGGGACUUGGACUCCCAGGAGCGGUGUGCUUCCUGUUCCCUUUCCGAUCUGUUGCAUAACUUCCUCCCGAGGGCUCUGAUGCUGUCAACACAGUAGACGCAACUACAUCUUGUCUAGCAUAAUCUUAAGAAUCAGUGGUUUUAGGAUUUUAAAAAAUGAACUGUGUAUGUUUAUUUCAUAAGUACAUCUAGUUUUUACUGUCACAUGCUAAAUCUCGCAUGCACCUUGACCAUUUGGAAUAAUCAUUUACUCAAUUGUGGACAGAUUAUUAAGAUAGUAUUGAUUUAGAUCAGGUAUAUUACAUUUCCAAAAAUCACUGGCCAAUAAUACCCUUCUGAAUAUUGCUUUUAGCUGUGUUUCAUAACAUAGAAGAGCGGUAGGGUCUAUUUAUUAGCAAAUUUGCUCUUUGUUCAGAUGCAAAGUCAUUCUACCCCCAAACAUAAGGAAACCAGUUCCUGUGAUAUGAUUAUAAGCCUUCUGGAUUUAGAAUUACAAAGUAGUCACACAGAUUGACUUGUGACUAUUUAGUGUAGACUGUAGCCAUAAUUCUUAAAUAUGAAAUGGGACCUAACACCAGUAUGUGAAAAUGUUAAUGUUGUCUGUGUACAAACACAUUUUCUAUGCAUGUGUCUCUACGUAUACAGUAUAUGCAUAGUAAAUUUCUGUGAGUACAUGUAUUUCGUGUCCCUUUGAAUAAGUAGGUUUAAAAGCACUCGUCAAAAUGCCGCAAGCAUGGAUGUGACUGUUCCGUGUAUUGUACAUAUGUGUAUAUGUGCAGGUGUAAAUAUCUAUAUAAACGUGCUCUGUAUGUGUGGAUAGGAAUAUAUUUUUUAAAUCGUGCUUAUCCAAGAGAGGCGUUUGGGGGAUCUGCCAUCACAGGUGGUAACACUGGUUUGCUGUAUGCCAAAUGUCCUGACUGCAGACCGCAUUCCUUCCAAGAGGCCCGGAGCUCACAGUGAGGCAGACGAGCAGAACAGGCAGCUGUAGCAAACCCACAGCGCCGCUGCCAAAGAAGAAAUGACCUUUAGCAGUGUAGUCUCAAAAGAAAAAUCUGGACACAUUCCCUUUAGAUCUCUAGUUAAAAUUUCAAGUUCAUUCUGGAUUGCUGAGCUGAAUCUUAAAAAGAUAAGUUGUUCUAUGCAGCCCGCUCUUUUAUACACUAUUCAGCAACAUAAUAAAAGUAGUGGAUUUUUCUAAGUAAAAUUGCAAAAACAAAAAAGCAGGGAAGAAGUUACUUAAUUCCUUGGAGGCAGGUGAUCCACUUUCCCAGGUAAACAUUUUACCUUUGGCAAAUGGUGUAAUUACUUAAAAUUGUCAGGAAUCUCCUUAUGAUUAAGAAUAAAAUCUAAAAAUUAGGUUUCUGAGCUGAAUUCAUUGAAAGAAAAUUACACACGAGACUUGAGCCCUGACUUUUGUAUCGUUCCACCAAGAGGAUUGCCAGUCGUGAGCUCAGCUUGGUGUGGAACGGGGCAGGUGACCUUAGAGAAGCAAUGGAUAGGUCACCAGAUCACCCAGUCCUUUCUAAAGAGCUCACACAUUCUCCUCGAUGAUCUUAGUCCUUCUGUCUAGCUGAAAUGGUUACAAUUAUGUGAUGCUCUGUGUAUGAAACUUUAAGUCUAUUUUUGAAGUGUGCUAGCAUAUGCCUUGCUAUUUGUGUGUGUGUGUGUGUGUGUGUGUGUGUGUGUGUGUAUGCAUAUAUACAAGAUAUGUGUGAGGGAGCAAGAGUGGAAAUGCAAGGAGGAGCCCCCUGUUGUCCUCAGACCUUCCCACGCUGGUGUGUUGGUGAGACUUCACUCUGGUAGAGGGAUUCACAUGUGACUCAGCUCAAGGUGUCAAUUUUUUUUUUCUUUACCUUUACCCUUAAAUUCCUUCAACUUUGCUCAUUUUGUAAUGUUUUUAAAAUUAUGACCCAGAUUACUCUGCCCUCUUUCAUUGACUGCUGCCAAUCUGUAAAAAUUAUUUCUCCCAACCAGGAAUCCCACCCUGUUAACUCGAUUUGUGUUUUAUUUCAUGUGUGCAGCCUUUGCUUUGCUUGUCUGCGUUCAUGCUCUCUCCCUUUUCUGAAUCAAUUUCCUCGUUUUGCUCUUUUAUGAAGUGUACAAAAGCAAAUCUUAUUUUCUCUGUUGAUUCUUUAAUUAACAUGAGCCAGAAUACUUUCCACUGUCUCCUUGACACUUUCAGGAUUUCUUACUGCUGAUAUAUGGACUCUGAAUGGAAUUUGUGAAUGAAUUUCUAAAGCCUGUAUCAUUCUUGAAGGUCACAUGUACCUAUUGUGAAAAUGUGAAGCUGUAUUUCUGAACCUGAAAUAAAUUAUAACAUUUGAAGGAC